GUUAAAAAAGUCUGUAAGUCUUACAGAUUCUGGUGUGGCUUUGAGUUCCUCUGACCAAGAAGAGGUCCUGAGUCCAAGUGAAGCUGAUGUAUAUAUGAGCCCAACGCCAAAGCCAUUUCUAUGCUUGAGUUCAGAAACAUGCCUGAGCCCAAUUGAGACAGAGGUGUUAAUGCGCAUGACAGAUCAAGUAUUUUGCCCAGUUGAUCUGGAAGAACAUGUUAGAAGUCCUGAUUAUCUCCUGAGUCCAAAUGACCCAGAAAUGUUUCUCAGCCAAAAUGACUCAGACAAAUGUUUGAGUCCAGUUGAUGCUAAAGGGUGUCUGAGUCCAAAUGGUGAGGAAGAAGACGAGGAUGUAUGUCUGAGUCUAACUGAGGCAAAUACACACGUGAGACCAGUUGAGAAAUACAUUCUCUCGACGAAAGAGGAAGGCCAGUCUCUGUCAUUUAGCAGUGAUCAAGCUUUGCCAGGAGAGGACAGAAACAGAGAAGUCAGCAUUUCAGUGGAAGAUGGAAACAGUUUGUGUUUUGGAUCAUUUGAUGGCAACAAAGGAAGUAGAGGUACUGUGAAUGAACCAACCAGUCAAGGGAUCAACCCUCAGCUGAGCAGCAGUCAUGGAAGCUUUAAGUUUGGGAGUCCAGGUGGCCGUAGUAUCAUAGCAGACAAAGAGGAACAGCUUGGUUUUAGAGGCCUGUAUCAGAAAGGUGUAAGUCAAGCAAGAACUCCCAAUGACGGGUACAAAGUUACAGGAGGCAUUGCACAUAACAAGGAUGUCCAGAAUUCAAGUGGCAGUCCAGGAGGCAGGUAUGGCUCAGAAGGCUUGAAAGAGAUUUCCAGUACUGACAGUGUAGUUAGGGGACAGAAAAACAAUGACUGGCUAAAUACCAACAAGCCAGCUAAAGGUGAAAUACUGUUUGUUAGGUCAUCUAGCUUUGGAGGUGUCCCUGCCAAUGGAGGAUCAACCUUUAGUGGUGUGGCUACCAAAUUAGGAGGUAGUGGUAUGGGUAAUGAUGUGGCAGCUUGUUUUGGUGUCAUGGCUGCUAAUUCAUCAGGUACAGCUGGUGGUAAUACAGUUGAUGCAGGGGACAGAUUUAGGUGUGGCAGUGGAGAUUGGUUGGUUUAUGGUGGCAGUCUAGGACGUACAAGCACAAACUUACCCAGAACAGGAAGUGAAGAAAGUCCAUCAGGAGCAACUCUACCUGCAACAAGUCACCCAGAAACAGGGAGGUUCGGCAGAGGAAGUGGGGAGUGGGUGGUUUAUAGUGGCGGUUUUGGACGUAAAAGCAGCCUGGAUAGUAGCCCUGGCUUACCCAGUGAAGGAAAAGUGGAAGGCCCAUCAGUGGCUACAAACCUUGCAACAAGCCCACAAGAAACAGGGAGAUUCAGCUGUAGAGGGAGUGAAGGGUGGAUGGUUUAUGGAGGCAGUCUUGGACGUAAGAACAGCUUGCCCAGAACAGGGAGAGAGGAAAGCCCGUCAGUGUUCUGUGCAACAAGCCCACCAGACACAAAGAAGUUUGGUAGUGGAGGAAGUGGAGAAUGGAUGGUUAACAGCGGCAGUCUUAAACGUAACAUUAACAUGGAUGGAAGUGAUAUUUUACCCAACACAGAAAGCAGAGAAAGCCAGUCAACAGCCAUGCACCUGCCAACAAGCCCCCCAGGAACAGGGAGAUUCAGCAGCAGAAGUGGAGAGUGGAGAGUCUAUGGUGGGAGUACUGGAUAUGUGAGCAAUGUGGCUGGCAGCAAUAGCUUAUCCAAUGUCGACAGCAAAGAAAGCCCAUCAGUGGCUAUGCAACUGGCAACAAGCCCACCAGGAGUAUUAAGACCACGGAGGUUUGGCAGUGGAGACAGUGGUGAGUGGAGAGUUUAUGGUGGGAGUACUGGACGUCUGAGUAGUGCCAGUAAUGCAGGCAAGGUUGGUGUCAGCACCAAUUAUGGCCAAGUCAUCAGUCCACCAAGUAGCUAUACAAGUAGUGGACCAAGACUUAAUAGUACUGGUAGUGGUGGCAGGCUCAGCUCAGGUGGUGUUGUUCGGCGCAGUAGCAGUGUAGGUAGUGGUGGUAGGUUAAGUAGCUCUAGUAGUGGCAACAAGCUUAGCAGCUCAUCUGGGAGCAACAGGAUUAGCAGUUCUGGGAGAUUCACCAGCACUGGCAGUGGUGAACGGAAGCCCGUAUACAGCUCAGCUAGUGGACGUAGGAGCACUUCGGGAAGUACUGGGCGAUCAGGCGGAGGGGGAACGACCAGCAACAAUAGAGCCCCGAGCCCUGGAGGGAGAAUGAGUUUGGGUAGUGGCGGGUGGCUGAACAGUUCAACAGCUGGUGCGAAUUGCAUUAGUAGCCCUGGGAGCGGGUCUCGACUUAGUAGUGCAGAUAGCAGUGACAGAAUUAGCAGCCAAGCUGGUGGAAGGAUCAGCAGCUCCUCUGGGUCAGGGAGGACCAACAGCACGGGGGGAAGGGUCAUCAGCAGCAGUGACCGGCCAGUCAGGAGCACUGGUAGCGGAGCCGGAGGCAACAAGGACAGAAUCAGUGUUUGCAAGAUGGCGGCACUGUCAAUCUCUGCAGCGGGGAGAGAAAGAAGUCAGGACCGACAAAGACAAGCUCAGCGGUCCCAGCAACAACAGGUUACAGCUGUGUCUCCUCUUGUCCAGCGAUGGCUGACAACAGGUGUCGGGGUCACGAGUGCAGAAUCUGAUGGCCUUGAUGACAUUAUACGUCUCUAACGGGAUAACUGGGAAGAAACGGAAUGACAUAAUGCUUUAAGGCUGCCAUAUUUACGUUUCUCUGAACACACCUGCACACAUUCUCAAAUACAAAAAGAAAAUUAGUUUAAUGCCAAACUGUCUUAAAAAGGUCUUUUUUUGAAUGAAGAGAGAAACAAUACCAGUGGUGUAAAAGGUACUCUGAUCAUUUACAUUAGCAAAAGUAUCAAUACAACAAUGCAAGAACACUUCAAUAUAAGUGCAAGUCUUACAUUCAAAAUCUGUCAUGAGUAAAAGUACAAAAAUGAUCAGUACAAAUUAAUUAAAAAAAAAAGUAUCAAAAUAAAAGCACUUCUCUGAUACCCUCUUUUCCACCAAAUUAGCUCUUGUUCUUAAACUGGUUCCGUUCAUGAUACCAGGAACUUUGUUGCUAUCCACUGAACCACCCUGCAUUUCCAUAAGUUUUGAGUUGAGCCAUUGUAAUCACGGAUGUGUCAUCAAUGGAUGGUGUUGCACAGGACACAAUGAAAGUAAACGAUAGCAGAAAAAUUGUGGAUUACGCUAAUUACCAGCAAACGUUUCUUCUGUUGGGAUUGAUAUAUUUUCCCCAAAAAACAAGAAUAAACUGACUAUCAGUGAGACCACUGCACAAUCUUUGACAAUUUCUCACUUGACUUCUUCAUUGUUGCCUUCUCCAUCCUCUCUUUCCAAAUUGUUGAAUAUGACACGCUCACUGAGCGCUGACUCAUGGUUUGCACUUCAAGUCAAGGAAAACCCAUUAUUUUUUGGUUCUAGCAGAGAACCAACUUUUCAGGUUCUGAACCAAUAUUUUUUUGAUGGAAAUGCCCUUAAUGGUUCAAAUUUAGGUGUGGGGAGCCAGAAUGGAACCGGCUCCACAUUGGUGGAAAAAGGCUAUGUGAUAUAUCUGGUGGUAUGGUAUGACAACACAAAGUUGUUUUCUGUUUUUGUAUUUUUCUCCAAUCUUUGCUCUUUGGUGAAAUAUUGAUGAAAG